UGUCUUACACAUGGCUCGGCUAUGCUCCAGCUCUCUCGGUGCGCUUAUGGGGCUCCGUGAUGGCGUGCAGAUCUGCAGGUUUGCGUGAGGCGUGAAGCACUGGACCAGUCGUAAGACGCGAGAAACGUCAACACCCGGAAGCGCAGUGAGAAGUGAGAGAAGCUGGAGUAAACAGAAGUGAAUCCUGCGCGUUUGCGGUAAGAUGGCCUCGGGUUCCCCCAUUCUGAAUGGGGAUUUGUCUCACCCAACUCAGUCUCAGAGCACUGGAGCACCACAUGUAGAGGAGACGCUCCAGCAGAUGAACAUCCUCAUCAAGGAGAACCGGGAGCUCAAAGAUACACAAACACUCGAACACCCUGACCUUCCAUCUGACUCGUGCACAGAAGCCCUGAAACAGACUAAUCUGACAAUGAAGGAGAGGUUUGAGGGUCUGUCUGCCUGGAAGGAGAAGCAGAAGGAGGAGAGAGGGUUCCUGGAGAAGCGACUCGAAGAGGCCAAGCAGAGAAUCCAAACUCUGGACAGCGAGAACGAGCUACUGAAGAAACGUGUGCAGGAGAUGGAGAAACAGCAUUCUGGUGGAGAGCAGGGUGAAGGUGGUGGUCUGCAGGCCAAGCUGGAGGCGUUAAUGAGUCAGAUCGUCCGCCUGCAGGCUGAGAAGAGCGACCUGGUAGCCAUAAACUCUGAACUGCAGCUGAAGAUGAGCCAGACUUCUCCGGAAGAUUCCUUCAUUGAGAUCCGCAUUGCAGAGGGUGAGAUGAACGUGACCAGAGAUUUACCUCCUCAGAAAGACUUUUCUGCAUCUAGCACGAUUAAAUCCGACAUGGCUGGGUCUCGGCUGGAAUCAGAGGAGCAGACGGUGAGUCAGCUCCUGCAGUCUCUGAGACUCGAGACGCAACAAAAAGAGCAACUGCAACACCAAAUACAAGCUGCACAGAAGAGGAUUGCAGAAUUGGAGCUGAAGGAACCCAACAGUGAGAGUGGAACGCAGACGUCUCUGCCCUGUGUGACCGCUACACAGGAAGCGCAGAGCAAGAGCUCUCAGGAGGAAACAGCCAAAUCUGCCUCUGAGGUGGAGAACCUGAAGACUCAGUUGAUGAAUUUGUUUAAAGAGCUGCAGCAGGCUCAGAGUAAACUGGACCAGGCGGAGAACAUGAAGAAGAACUUCCAGGACAGGUGUAAGGAGCUGGAGCAGGACCUGGGCACGCUGAAGACUCAGCUCGGGGAGAGAGAGCAGCUGCAGGCUGAGAACGACAGACUGAAGGUGCAGCUGGAGAGCAUGCAGGCUGCCAACAAACUGGAGCAGAAGAAGGUUCAGGAGGAAAGGAAUGAUUUGGCGCAGCUGAAGGAUGCGUACACCAAGCUGUUUGAGGAUUAUGAAGAACUUCAGCAAGAGAAUAAGAAACGACAGGGAACUGUAUCACGGGAGGAGUAUGGUGAGCUUCAGUCCAGAAUGGUUGCAGCAGAACAAGCUUUAGCAGACAAGCAGCAAAAGAUCGACAUAAUGAAGCAAGAGCUGUGUGAGAAGGACAAAGAGCUGGAGACCAUCUCUGUGUUUAAGGCUCAGGCAGAGGUUUAUUCCUCAGACUUCUACGCCGAGCGAGCUGCGAGGGAGAAGAUUCACGAGGAGAAAGAGCGCCUGGCUGCUCAGCUGGAGUUUUUCAAGAAGCAGAACAUCCAGCUACAGGAUGAGGUGGAGUCAAUGGGCAGGCAGUCUAUGAGUGAGAUGCAGAGGAGACAUGUGCCUCGUGGUGCAAACCCAGGCGAUUCUUCUCCACACCAUCACCUGCAGGGUGGCAGAGUUGAUUGGCAGCAGCAGGUGAAUAUUCCUGAGCAUGCUUGUCCUAAAUGUGGGGAAGUCCUUCCUGAUCUGGACACUCUGCAAAUCCACAUCAUGGACUGCAUCAUCUGAGCAUUAAGUCUUCACCUGAGUGACAUGAAGAACAGGACAGCAGGAUCUGAAAAUGCAUUUACUAUACAAAUCCCUGCACUCAUAUUUAACAUAAUCUCCAUAGAGAACUUCAUUCAAUUUAUUCUCUAAUUGCUCUGCAGAUCUAAUUACUCACCGUUCUUAAAUACGUAACAGAAAUGGCCGAGGGCAUGGAAGAAGUGAUCUAUAUAGCCUGUGGUAAGAUGUUUUGACUUAAAUGAUCAUGAGGUGAAUGAAGCUAAAAGAAUGCUACAGCCGGAACAGGAGGCUGGAAAUGAAUAUGGACUGUUGAAUAAAGAGUAGGAUCUAUAUUUUUGUUUAUAUAGUAUAAUAUAAUAUAUAGAGAGAGAGAGAAAUAAAAAUUAAGAUAGGAAAGGUUUAAGUUCUUGCUUUGAUUUAUAUUUAGAUUAUAUUUUAUUUUGGAGAAGAUACUUUGUGUUAAAAUAUAUUUACGUUCAUUAGAAUGGGGGAAAAAACCCCACAGGGAGUGUAUUAAGAAACCUGUAUGAGCCAGUGGUUUAUGUUGAGGUGAAUACAGGCAGUGUGAAGGGCGGAUAAAGCUUUAAAAAUGCUCUAAUGCUUUAUUAUUUAUGCAGGGUCUUGUGUCUUCUUUGCUAACAAAAGUAAAGCUGUAGCUGAGUUCAGGUGCUGAUGCAGUUAUAUCACCUAUGCAUCCACAUUUAGCCUGUAAUAAAAUAAAAAUGUUCAAAUAAAAUACUAUAUUAUAUAGA